CGACAAAAAGAAAUCUGGAUUCAAAUUAAAAAUGUAAAAGAGAGGCAGAUUCUUCAGAGAUGAGAACUUCAUGUUGAGUCUCUUGAUUUUGGUCUUUUCCCCUCCAUCAAACAACACAGCCAAAAACGCUCUUGGAGAUCUCCAGAGAUAACAAUGUCACAUUGUCACAUAAGGUUCUGCUACAAAUCCUUAAUUACAAAAAGAGGAUCAGAUGACUACAGCAUCCAAUACCGGGGUCUCCAGGCGGCAUGGAGGUCUUUGAUCAAGAAAAUCCAAUUAUUUGUGUAUAUACAUUUCCCACAUAGUGAUUACUUCAUUAAUUGUCCCGCCUUUAUCUCCUCCCUUCCCAGCCCCCCUAAUAAUCAGCUCCUUUAUCCAGACCAACAAACACACCAUAGGAGCUUUGUGGAUUCAAAGGAUUUGCUUUCCCCUCUCAAAGAGCCGCCAUUCUUUGAUGAUUGGGCAGCGGCAAACUUCAAAGUAAUAAAUCUUAUUUCUGACUGGCUGGCGGCCCACCAAAGUCCUUAUCAAAUUCUAAGAAGUGAUCCCUCACUCUUCAGAUAGACCGAGGAUAUAUCGGCGAGAGGAGGCACUGGAGAGUGAAGACCUGCCCCGACCAGAAUCAGUUUUUUUUUCCCCCCUUCCUUUUCUUCUUUUGCUCUGAAUGCCACAUAUUCAUCAAAAUUAGCGCGUUUGUUUAUUAUUAGUUUGCAUCGGGAGGAGGAGGACGCGCACCAUGGCAGCGGUGGCUGUUCUGCGGAAUGAAACACUGCAAGCUUUUCUCCAGGAUCGCACUCCAAACUCCUCUCCAGAGAACUGUAAGCACUCCCCGCUGGCGCUCCUGGCCGCCACUUGUAACCGGAUCGGACACCACCACGGAUCCAACCACCCAGACUUCCUCCAAGUCCCCUACGAUCCCACUCUGGGCUCCCCCUCGCGACUAUUUCACCCGUGGACUAACGAGGGGAGCCCCCAAAGCAGCCUGGCCGGCAACUCUACUUUCGGACUAUCCUCCAAGCCUCAGCUGUCUGCGCACAUCCAGAGCUCCUUCAGCACCCACCACGAACUCCCCCUCACCCCUCCGGCGGACCCCUCGUACCCCUAUGACUUCUCCCCGGUUAAGAUGUUACCUUGCUCCAUGCAGUCCCUCCAGUCCACCUGUCCUCCUACCUACGUCCCUGCCGUCAGCUACGCGGCUCCGGCGCCCAUCCCGCCCCAAAUGCCGGGCUUCGUGACGGGACCGUCCGGCCUGGUCCACCAGCAGCAGAGACAGUUGUCCCCGAACCCCGGGGAGGACAUCCCGUGGUGGAGCCUGCAGCAGGGCAACCACGUCGGCCACUCUUCCUCUCUGGGUCCCCACCGCUUCCAACUGCAGAGAAGCUUGGUGCUGGGGCACACGGACUUUGCGCAAUACCAGACGCAAAUCGCCGCUCUGCUGCACACCAAGUCGCCCCUCGCGACCGCGCGGAGGUGCAGGCGGUGCAGGUGCCCCAACUGCCAGUCGUCCACCUCCAGCGACGAGCCCGGCAAGAAGAAGCAGCAUAUCUGCCACAUACCGGGCUGCGGGAAGGUUUACGGGAAGACGUCGCACCUCAAGGCGCACCUGAGGUGGCACUCCGGGGAGCGGCCGUUCGUGUGCAACUGGCUGUUCUGCGGCAAGAGCUUCACCAGGUCGGAUGAGCUGCAGAGACACCUGAGGACUCACACAGGGGAGAAGCGCUUUGUGUGCCCGGACUGCUGCAAGAGGUUCAUGAGGAGCGACCAUCUUGCCAAACACGUGAAAACCCACCAGAAUAAGAGAAGCAAGUGCCACGAGAAGACGCUUGAUCACGUCAAGAGAGAGGACACCAGGAAUAUGUUGUAACACGGUUCACUUCGCCCCAUUUCGUACCCAGGCGUUGCCAUUUCCUACCUGCACACUGUAGCGCUGCUUAU